CUUAGACCGAGCUGGAAGUAGGAAGCCAAGGAAACAGGGGCUGCUCCAGCUAGCUGCUCGCAGACACUAUCACCCGGCAGCUGGGCGCAAUGAGGGCUGUAAUCCAAAGGGUCACAAAGGCCAGUGUCGCAGUGGGCGAUGAACAGCUCAGCUCCAUUGGACGAGGGAUCUGCGUUUUGCUGGGUAUUUCCGUGGAGGAUACGCAAAGAGAUGUAGAUUAUAUGAUCAGAAAAAUUCUCAACCUCCGAAUAUUUGAGGAUGAGAGUGGCAAGCCAUGGAGUAAAAGUGUUAUGGAUAAACAGUAUGAGGUUCUCUGUGUCAGCCAGUUCACAUUACAGUGCAUCCUGAAGGGCAACAAGCCAGAUUAUCACAUGGCUAUGCCUUCUGAGCAAGCUGAGCCUUUCUAUAACGACUUCUUGCAGCAGAUGAGGAAAGCCUAUAAACCAGAAUUUAUCAAAGAUGGCAGGUUUGGUGCAUACAUGCAAGUCAGUAUACAGAAUGAUGGGCCUGUGACAAUAGAACUAGAGCCUCCUGCUGCCGCUACCGACCCAAAAUAUCUUACAAAGCUUGAAAAACAGCAGCAAAGGAAAGAAAAGACAAGAACAAAGGUGCCCUCAGAAUCGGGCCGGGAGAAGAGUGUUCCACGCAGCAAAGAAGAUCCCAGCGCAAGUAGUGGAGCAGAUGGGGAUGUGUCAUCCGAAAGAGAACCAUAGAAUUUCAGGACAAAACAAGACCAUGGAGGAAAGAGACAUUGUAUGUGUCCAUUUGGGAAGCCGGCCAUCUGUAUGCUUUAAUCUGUGUAAUAAAAUGUUUGUUUUAUUUUGAGUGCUUUUAUGUAUGUUUUAUUUAAACCUGCUUAAUCGCUUCUAUGCUUUCUUUGAUGUUCACAAAGCUUUUGGGAAAGGAGUUUGCCACGUAUUUGGCACAUAUUUGUUUGGAAGAACACUUUAUGAAUGAAAUAUUAGGGAAGUCCACCUUUUGAGUUAAUACUACAAUCUAUAUUCAGGUAGUAUAUCAGGUUUAUAACAGUAUUUUUAGUAGUAAAAAUGUACAUGUGCCAAUAUAUUUAAAAUCCGAGAUAUGUACAUGAUAAAUAUGUUGGGGAUACACAUGUAUACUUAAGACAAUAUAUGAGAGAUAUGGCAUUUGGUACGAAAUGUAUGUAUAAAAGUUGGAUCUAUAGUGAGUUGGAAAUGGAACAUGGUUAGAGGUGUCAGUGUUCCACAAAUAAAUGUCAUUUUGAAACCACACGCUGAACAUUUCCAAGUGUAUAAAAAUAAAGCUUGUUUAACUUGCAGAUAACAAGAACACAGUGGUUAUGCCUCAUUAAAACCUUGGGAGCAGAA